AUGACUCGUAAAAAUUCGAGGGGGUCUGUGCGAACGUAUGCGGUAAUAUUGAAUGGGUCGCAGAGAUAUCUUAUGCGAAAUCGGCGUUUUGUCAUCGGUAGACGCGCUGGCGGUUCAGAUACCGACAUAAUGCUUGACUCUUCGUUGAUAUCACGACGCCAUGUCGAAGUUACCUGGUUUGCUGGUAGGCUGCUUCUAAAGUGCCUUGGAAAAAAUGGGAUAACCAUAAAUGGUCACUUUCGAAGACCUGGAAGUGUCUUGUAUCGACUUCCGAGGAAAUGUACCAUUCGAUUCCCAAAUACAUCAAUCGAACUGGUGGUCCAUUGUCAGCCAAAGAGACUACGUGUAUCUAGAAGACCUUUGAAGGCUCCACACUCCCCUGAGAACAAAGUUGCAGAAAGUCCGCAGCAUCUUUCGGAUGUGGAAGGUAAUGAUGAUAAUCAUUCGGGUCGGGUAAUUCCCCCUGUCUCAACAAAUCGACGGAAGCAGCUGCUCACGUCCAUUACAAUAAAUAAGUCUCUAAUCGUCGACAAAUCGUUGAAUAAUAGCGAUGCAGGUUCUCAGCAGUUUGUCGACGAACUCAACCAUCAGCAUCAGGAGCAACACCCGAAUCGAGUCUUGCAAGUUUUCGGCCCAGCAACGUCGUCAGAGCCGUCGACUGGUGCGCAUCUGCUCUGGGACGCUCGUGCACAUUCCACCUAUCCUCUUAUUGCCACAGUCAAACCACCCUACUCCUUUGCCCAGCUUAUUGUUCAAGCGCUAGCCGGUCAACCAACACGACGUCUUACUCUGUCGGGUAUUUACCAGUUUAUUAGCCAGAACUACCCAUAUUACCGCCUUGAGGAUAAGGGCUGGCAAAAUUCCGUGCGCCAUAAUCUCUCACUAAACAAGCAUUUUUUCAAGACACCGCGCUUACCUGAUGAGCCGGGAAAGGGUUGCUAUUGGAUGAUUGAUCCUCAGUUCGAGGAGCGAUUCAUAAGUCAGGCCUUCCGCCGACGUAGGUAUCAGGAGGAGCACCGGACCUCCUUGAGGGAACACCACUUGUCUCCCUCAAUUACCACAUAUCAUCCUCUCCCCCCUGUGACUCCGCAGCUCGCAGUUAUUACCUCGUCAGCUCCAUCUUGGAAGUCUCAGCGAUCUAGUAACUCUUUCAGUGUUCCGAGUAUUGAAAGACCAGUUUGCUUAAGUCAGACGCCAACUCAAUGCAAUCCUGUUCUUUCCGCUCAACUGGUUUUGCCUCCGUGUAGUCGCCCAAGGACAGCGGCCAAACGAAUUCUCGUUUUGCGCCAUCGACCGGUUACCACUAUUGCUGGAUCGCAAUCGUCUAUUCAGAAGUAA